ACACUCCUACAAUUCAGAAAGAGGAAGAUCAUGCUGUUGUCAUCGAUAUCUCGAGAAACACUAUGUUUUAUGGGACGACUUGCUGUACACGUCUUUGGGGCUUGUCUAACAUUGUUGGUGCUUUUGCCUUGAGCAGUACCGGUACUAGUAGCAGUCUUCUUCUUCAACAACAAGGAAAUAAUAAUGGCCACCACUGGCAAAUACACAAAACCAUUCCAGCUCUGCGAAAUGAUCUACCAGUAGACGCCAAUAGUAACAUUGGAUUGAGAGAGGCUGUCCUGAACGUCUUGGAUCAGUGGUCGGACGAGUACUCGGGAGAUUCUGAAUGGCGAUCGCUCUUGAACAAGGCCAAUCUGAAGCAGGAAGUCGAAGAAAGCGUGGUCGCACUGAACCAUCUACAUGACUGGAGGAAAGAAGAGAAGGAGCAACAACCAUUUAUUGCCGUGGAUGCGUGCUGUGGAAAAGGUAUCUUUAGCACGUUGCUCAGCUACAUGGCACCUCUGUACUUUCCCGGAUUGACGCGCAUUAUUUUAUUCGACAAAGAUCGAAAUAUUGAUUGGGGACACAUCCAGGCGGCAAACAACCAAAACACACACACUGGCAGACCAUUCAUGGAACUCUGGUCAGGGAUCAAUCUGCACGAACAGGACGUCAUGGUGGAACAAUUAUUGGCAUCGUCGGCUGCUGCCUCUAAUGAUGAGAGUCACAAUCCAAACAACAACCCAAUGCUUUUGGCCAUUACGGGAAUCCACUUGUGCAAGACUCUCAGUCCGAGAUUGAUUGGAAUUGUCAAUUCCUUGGGACCCGAUAAGGCUCCCUACCUGUGCUUGGCACCGUGCUGUCUUCCACGACACCAACAACAAUUGCCCAUUACACUCUACGAAGGACCGUUGCAGCGCCAUGCUCGACUCGCCGCCGCGCAGCAACGUGUGAAUGCAAAGCAGCGAGGACGACAGGCCCAUAAUUGCUAUGUCUGCCAGCAGCAACAUCACGUGCGGGAUUGUCCCGAACGCCAAAAACGCGCGGCCACGGAACAAGAAUGGAAUGUUAUAGUCCAAAACGCCAUGUUGCAAACUCUACCGUGUUGGAAAUGUGGCAAGAUGGGACACCUCAAGAUGGAUUGCACCGAAUCGGACCCCCUGGUGAUCGUACCAAAACCACCCACGGUAAUGUUGGAUAUGGCACCAUUAAUGAAGGAUCAUCAACAACAACACGAGGAGGAAACCCCACUGCCGCGGUAUUGCAGAGCUCUGGCAGCGACAAUCCAGGAUACUCAAGAGGUGCGCGUAGUAGACUCUGGUCUGACUAACCAACAACACUUGACCGCGCCCAAAGACAGCAACAACUGGAAUCGAUUUCGAAAGUCGCUGUUCAUUGUCGCGACGCGGUGACCUGUUUUGUUGUGGCUACUUGCAGGCCUCAAAAAGAAGUGAAACGAACUCAAUCAUGCCCAAACAUUGUGACCUGCUGUUACAUGUAUGUUGUGGAGUUUUCUCGGCGCAUUCCACAUUUUCAGUAUUCAUAUAAUCAGCUUUAUGUCAUGAGAUGCGUGAGACUCAACGGGCAGAUGAAAAUGCGACUACUGUAUUUUAGAAGCAAGCUCACAUUGAGAAAUGUUUCGACAAACGUUCUUUGCACUACUUGGAAAGAUUGUGUUUCAGCCCCAUAAAAUAGUGAGGGAUCCUGCUUAUCUUGCUAGUGCUGUGAAUAUCGAUAGCAAACUGGACCGAUGCUAAACUACAACGUACCACCGCACAAAAUGUUUUGUCUCUAGAUAGCUUGUGACGAAGGCAGCGACAUCGAAGACAACAUCAGCUAAUAAUGCUCACGUCCAAACUUGUUUUGCAGCAACCAUGUACAUGCUCUGGCUUUUUGCCUACGGACAAACAAGAUCACACACACAUGCCUUGCUGCCUCGCAAAAAGCUUGAGCAUAAAAGAAGCCUCCAUUUUGACGGAAAGACCAACUUGGUUACUUGUAGACUGGCACAACCAUGUCAAAGAUGCUCAAAUAUACCACAAUCUCCAGUGUGUUUGGAAGGAAAUCACUGCAUUGUACUGGAAGAGAAAGGUGCAAUCCAUCUUCAAGUAGCACAAGUUCUUUGAGGGACCUCUGGAAUGACACAAUUGUAUUUCCAAAGGAUGCCACACACCCUGCACCUUUUCUGAAACUUGGCAGAGCAUCCCAUUGACCUGACGGAAGCAACUGUACAGUCUGCUUCCCAGAGACAACAACACAGGAUGUAUCAUUGUUGGCACUCUGCUGCAAGAAACCAGUGCAUUUGUUUGCAGCAAAGUCACUCUCGGGUAAAUCUGCCACUCUUGUCCAAAUACAAGAGGUGACAUCCAACGAGAAAACUUCACGACAGGGACCAAUCCUUGGACCAUGCCGAAAAUUCCAGUGAGUUAUCAUGACACCACCAGCAAGCAAAAUAGUAUGAUUGCUUGAGGCAAUAGUAGCAUAACCACCAUAUGCACGACCAGGGAAAUCGGGAAUGCCAGAAGGCAUCCAUUUUUCUGUUUCUAGGUCAAAACAGAGGACUUCCUGGUUGUAUCUAUAUGAUCCUCUCUCACCACCAAUAAUGUAGACAUGGGACCCAAGUCUACAGAUUCCAGCAUUACAGACACACUCUGGCAUGGGGGCUAGACUUUUCCAAGAAGAAGUCUUUACAUCAAAGAUGGCUGUAGACGAAGAGCAGUUACCGUUCAUGUCAUCUGCCCUGAUCCAUCGUCCUUGAUUCUUCGCAGCAAAUUGGUUGCCACCACAAUAAAAUUUUUUGGACCCUUUAUCAUCCACCGCACAAACAUUCGGGGAACGACGCCCCAAAUUGUCGGGCACUCCAUUGGAAAUAGAAAGUAGACUCCAUGCCCCUACUGUAAUAUUGCUGCUUUGGACGCAUCA